GCAGUCAGUCUCCUCUAACGUGCAGAGCAGCGGAACACUGCUCCCUCCCGCAGUCCUCCUGGCUUUCCUCCGGAGGGGCAGAACGCAUUCCAGCAACGCGGUGUUGACGUUUUCCAUCGUGGGGUCCACCCCGCUUCCAAAGGGACUCUUGCCUGCUAGCCGUGAACGGAUUACUGGGAGCCGGGGUUCCGGUGCACGCACCCUGAUCGCGUGGUCUUGAGACUGAUUGAUGAGGACGGACGGAUACAUGUCAACGGGACCCCCUGAGAUGUGUAGAUGUUCAUUUUGACGAUCUAUUAUCCUUGCGCUGAAUGUCACGGAGCUUCCGUGAGUUUACUUUCAGCACCUUGGUAGGGGUUUUUAAUCUGCGUGGUUUAAUCCUGGAUGUAUCUUUGAUAUUCAAAUUCAGUUACCCAACAGCAGCUCUGGCCUGCUGCACACGCAUGAGCAUAAAUAAAUAGUUAUCUCCAUGGUGAUAUUUGAGUUGCAGAGCAGCAGAUCGUUCAGAUUGUUUCAUAUGAAUUGCAUUGGUUUGUCACCAGUCAAAUCAAUUUAAAUUAAAGCAUUAUUCUAAAGGACUUCCCGUCUCAGAAGCUAAUCGACUUGUGCUCAUGGCAAUUCUUUCCCCCCUACAUUAAACUCUGCACAUAGUACAGGUGGGAGAAGGGGACUUAACUAACUAAGCAUCCAGCAGCUAUGGCUCGGCUCUGCAGGACCGUACAACACUACUCCCUGACCCUUACCCUCACUGUCCUCCUCUCCUGCCCGGCUCUUGGCAAGAAGAAGCUCUACAUUGGAGCCCUCUUUCCCAUGAGUGGGGGCUGGCCUGGCGGACAGGCCUGCCUCCCCGCUGCUAGGAUGGCAUUGGACGUAGUGAAUAAGAGGACUGACAUACUGCCAGACUACGAGCUGGAGCUGAUCUACUAUGACAGUAUGUGUGACCCAGGCGAAGCCACCAAGCUGCUUUAUGACCUUCUGUACACGGAGCCCAUUAAAAUUGUGCUGAUGCCAGGCUGCAGCUCAGUGUCCACUCUAGUGGCCGAAGCUUCUCGAAUGUGGAAUCUCAUAGUGUUGUCGUACGGCUCCAGCUCCCCAGCUCUAUCUAACCGCCAGCGCUUUCCCACCUUCUUUCGCACUCAUCCGUCUGCCACACUGCACAACCCAACUCGAGUUCAGCUCUUUCAGAAGUGGAAAUGGACCAAGAUUGCCACAAUUCAGCAAACAACUGAAGUUUUUACAUCAACUGUGGAUGAUCUGGAGGUGAGAGUGAAGGAGGCAGGGAUUGAAAUCAGUGUUCGUCAGAGCUUCCUCACAGAUCCUGCUGUGGCUGUGAAAAACCUCAAGCGCCAAGAUGCCAGGAUAAUUGUUGGUCUGUUCUAUGAGACGGAGGCCAGGAAAGUCUUCUGUGAGGUGUACAAGGAGAAGUUAUAUGGAAAGAAGUAUGUAUGGUUCCUAAUUGGCUGGUAUGCAGACAACUGGUUCAAGAUCAAGGACCCCUCUAUUAACUGUACUACUGAGCAGAUGACAGAGGCAGUGGAGGGGCACGUAACCACUGAGAUUGUAAUGCUCAACCCAGAGACUGUGCGAGGAGCCUCCAACCUGACAUCUCAGGAAUUUAUAGCGCAGCUAAUGUCUAAACUCGGGGGUAAAAAUCCAGAGGAGACAGGUGGUUUCCAAGAGGCACCCCUGGCUUACGAUGCUGUGUGGGCUCUAGCCCUGGCCCUCAACAAGACCGUGGGACCCCUGAAGGCCAAAGGAUACCAACUAGAAGAUUUCAACUACAACAACAAAGAUAUCACAGCGGAGAUCUACCGAGCCCUGAACACCAGCUCCUUUGAAGGAAUCUCAGGCCAUGUUGUUUUUGACGCUCAAGGGUCGAGGAUGGCCUGGACUCUUAUUGAACAGCUACAAGGAGGAAGCUAUAAGAAGAUUGGAUACUACGACAGCACUAAAGGCAAUCUGUCCUGGUAUGGGAAUGACAGGUGGAUAGGCUCAAGACCCCCUGCAGACCAGACCGUGGUCAUCGAGGAGUUUCGCUACCUGUCCCAGAAGAUAUUUGUGUCUAUAUCGGUCUUUGCUGGGUUGGGAAUCCUGCUGGGAUUUGUCUGUCUCACCUUCAACGUCUACAACAGCAAUGUCAGCAAGAUACGUGUUGCGGCCAUUGCGCAGCACAGGCAAUUUCAAAGCUUUCUGCGGAGGUACAUUCAGAACUCUCAGCCCUACCUCAACAACAUGACUGCAGUGGGUUGCAUUAUGGCUCUGGCUGCUGUCUUCCCUCUGGGCAUUGAUGGCCUUCAUGUCCACAGGAGGCAGUUCCCAGUCAUCUGCCAGUUUCGCCUAUGGCUGCUUGGUCUUGGUUUUAGCCUUGCUUACGGGAGCAUGUUCACCAAGAUCUGGUGGGUCCACACAGUCUUCACGAAAAAGGAUGAAAAGAAGGACAAGAGCAAGCACCUGGAACCAUGGAAACUCUAUACUACUCUAGGCGUUCUGCUCGCAAUCGACAUCCUGUCUCUUAUCAUCUGGCAGAUUGUGGAUCCCUUACAUGUCACAGUAGAGAAAUUCACCAAAGAAGCCCCCAAAGGAGACCUAGAUGUUUUGAUCCAGCCUUUACUGGAGCACUGCAGCUCAGAAAAGAUGAACACAUGGCUGGGUGUGGUCUAUGGUUACAAAGGUUUACUGCUGCUGCUUGGCAUCUUCCUGGCCUAUGAGACCAAGUCCAUCUCCACAGAGAAGAUCAAUGACCAUCGGGCGGUGGGCAUGGCCAUCUACAAUGUUGCUGUGCUCUGUAUGAUAACAGCUCCAGUCACCAUGAUCCUGUCCUCUCAGCAAGAUGCCUCCUUUGCCUUCGCCUCCUUGGCCAUCGUCUUCUCAGUCUACAUCACGCUGGUGGUUCUGUUCAUCCCGAAGAUGCGGCGCCUGAUCACUCGGGGUGAGUGGCAGUCCGAUGCCCAGGAGACCACAAAGACCGGCUCGUCCACCAAUAACAAUGACGAAGAAAAGUCCAGACACCUGGAGAGAGAGAACAGGGAGCUGCAGAAGAUCAUUGAGGAGAAAGAAGAGCGGGUGUCUGAGCUAAGAAACCAGCUGUCAGAGCGGCAGGCACUGAGAUCGAGGAGAAGAGCAUCCAUUCUCACCAAUCAGAACUACAGCUCUUCAUCCAAUACCAUUCCCUAUAGGGACCCAAGGUCCCUGGCCCCGCCUCCGGGGUACCCCACCUCCAUCUCUGACAUCCCUCCCAUCCCCCUGUCCUUUGGCAACUCGUCUAGUCUUUACCAACCGGACAGCCAGAUCAGCCGAAAUAACUACCACACCAGCCAUCUGCAGCUGCUGUACAAGUGAGGUUGUGGUGAACAGUGGGGGAACAAGGACGCCGAUUAUGUUCAAAGCUACAUGGACAUGGAGAAAACCAAGUACGAACAUAGUUUUGAAAGAUUAAUCAGUUUCUGUUGGAAUGGCUGGCUCCAAAUCCCCUUCCGGAAAUCGGUUGAUGGCAGAGGAUAACCAGCUUGACCAGAUCAUCACGUUAUCUUUUUUUUUUUUAAUCAUACAAUUUGUAUCUAAUCUGCGUGUGAUUUAUAUGCCAAUCAAAUUCAGAUUCUCACAAACCAACGCUAUUAACUAACUAACCAAUUAACUAUCACUAACAGUGGUGUUAAGCUAGCUACAGCUGGAGAAAAUCAAUACUUACAAUACUCCGUUCAGAUGAAAAAAACAGAUGGUCUCUGACAAAAAGGCUGAAGACCCCUACUGUUAGCUAAUGUAUAAAAGCUAACGCAGCUAAUUGGGUGCUGUACGCUGAAUACUAUUUCAAAACAUUUAUCAUAUCUUUAACCUCGCAUUGCCUCCUAAUGUGUUUAGUGCUUUGUACUGUAAUACUGUAAUGUAAUAGAGGCUGGAUGAAAGGACAGACUUCAUGAUGAUGUCAGUUUUGAGACAAGGUAAAAUAUUUUGUAAUUUAAGCUCCUCUUGUUGAAUGUUUGAUGGUGUUUUUUUCAAUGCUGUUUUCAAUGCAGGCUCUUUUCAAGGAGACUACUGAGUCUUUGUACAUAGUUGGAUGUGUUCAUGCUAAACCCCUCACUGUGGACAAACAUAGUCCUGUAGAUUUAGGUAUGAAUAAAAAAGUACACUGCUUU